UGAAUUGAGGUUACGUUACGAAAACAUGCCCGUACGUCAAAACAACGUUUAAAAAAUAAUUCCAAAAAAUUUGUAAAAACCGGCGUUAAUCGAGUGCUCAAAUGAAUAAAUCACAAUGUUUCAAUUACUACGAAAGGGUAGUUCUUCGAUCGAUAAAUCCCGGCCGAUGUCAAUCUUUAAUUUGAGCGGUACCAGGCUAGGAAAUUUACCCGAGAAAACGUGCCUAUUAUGUAAACUUUUAAACGCGAGCCCUAAAUCAUGCUUUCCCACUCGAGAAUAUUCCUCUGUUACAAAUCUUAGCUUAAAUAGUCCCAAAAGGAGGAAACUAAAAAAGAAAUUAAGCAAAGCCUAUUCGGAUAUUCUUGUUGUUACAAAUGAAUCCUCAAAAUUCAAAAAAGCCAAUGUGACAAAGUUAACUCCAUCUGAUUUAAACUUAUUAAUGACUACCAAUAUUAAUCUAAAUGAACUGUACAAACUGAAGGAUUUAAAUUCCAACUUAGAUAAAUUUGUUCCUCACACUUAUAGUAAUUUAACAGUAGAAGAUUCUGCCAUAAAUUUAGAUGUAGUUUUACCCAGUGAUACAAAACCAGAGCUUACCCCCAAAGUAAAAAAGAAUAAAACAAAAACAAAUAAAAAACUUAAAUCUGUGAUAACUGAAUCUGCUGAGGAAGAAAUGGGUGAAGCAGACCAUGUACUGCACAGUCAUCCACUUCAACCAGAACUGAUAGAGGAUACUCCAGAUCUAGUUGAAAUCCAGCCUCUCAUUGAAAACAGCAAGAGAAAAAUAACACACCGAGAGCAUAUGGCAUCAAAGACAUUAGGAGCCUUCAUUGAAGUGUGCAAUCAUUUAAAAAAUCCUUAUAGGGGUUUUACUGCUUUUUUAUAUCAUCAGUCAAAAUCUAAACAGUCUGGAAAGAUGUCUGGCUUACCAAAAUUGUCACCUAUUAAGAAUAUAAAUGUUUAUUAUACAUUGUUGAAGGGUUUUGCUGAUAAACAAGAUUAUGGAAAAAUAGUAAAAAUCUUAGACAUAAUGGCACAAGAAGACAUUAAACCAGAUUUAAACUGUUACACUGCUAUUUUUGAAUGCCUGGGAAGACUGAAUCAUAAGAAUUACUAUUUGAAGGAAAUCAGGAUUCAGACAAAAGAAAUGCUGGAGUGUGGUAUCACUUUUGAUCAAAUCAUGAACCAAGGCAUUUUCUUAAAUGAUGGCCGGGAUCAAGUUUUAAAGGCUUUUAAGGCUUAUGAUGAGUCUUAUUUUCCUAAGUAUGAAAAGCCCAAUUUUUGGUACAAUAAUUGCUUAUUGAAUCAUCUGAAUAAUAAGGAUCAGUAUAAUUUUGAAGUGAAGAAACCUAGGGGCUAUGGAGAGUUUAUUGAGGCAAGCAAAAUGCAGGAGCUUCUUAAGAAACAAACUGAGCUGGAGGAAAAAGGAUAUUUAGAGAUAAAAAGUGUAGAUAUUAAAAAUCCCCCACCGGACGUCGACUAUUACCGACAAACUCUAAAAGAACAUUACGAAAUGUGGACCGAGACUGUACAAGUGGCCUUCCAACGAGAUUUGGCAGCUCUAACAGCGCAAAGAGGCGCACUUAACUUUUUAGAGCCUUAUCUUCGCUGUAUUCCAAUGAAAGAUAUGGUCGAGCUAAUAGUGCAAGAGGCUGAAAGAUUGGCGCAUGGUUCGGAAACUUACAGCCCCCAGGUGCCUCUUUUAAAUAAAAUGUUAGGGGCCAAAGUAUACGCGAGAUAUCAGGUUUUAAGGAAGCAGAAAACCGGAGUGAUGGAUAAGAUGUUGUCUGUUCAUUCUAAGUAUUGUCAACAUUAUGCGGCUUCGCACACGGAAUUAGAAUCAUUGCCUACUUCGGAAAACCGUUUCAAUUCAAGGAUCCAGUGGCAACACUUGGAAUUACAAAACAUUAAACUCGGCACAUCAUUGAAUAUCGGUCAUCAGCCGUGGGUACCGGUCACUUUGAUGGCCAUCGGGCGGUUUUUGUAUAAUAUUAUCUUGUCCGAUUUGAAGAUUGACGUAAAUAGCUUGCGGUCCAAUACCAAACAUAAGAAUCUUUUGCCGGCAUUUUACAGGAUAUUCCGGUCCCAAGGGAGAUUGGUAAAGGAGGAGGUGAAACCGCACCCAAUAUUAUGUAAAUUAUAUAAAGCGUCACAUUCUGAAACCUUAAAACUACCUGCCAAUGAAGUGCCGAUGUAUUGCCCUCCGGUGCCAUGGACCUCGGUUGAGAACGGCGGUUAUAUUAUUGUUCCCACAGACUUGGUGAGGUUGCCUGUGCAAGCGUCAUCACAAAGAAAGAGAAUGGCAGAUGCCGGCAAUACACAAUUGUACCCAAACUUUGACGCUCUUAACCAGUUGGCUGGGGUACCUUGGAAAGUAAAUCAAAAAGUCUUAAAUAUCAUUCUUGAGGUUUUUCAAAACGGAGGAUCAUCGAAACUAGAUGUCCCGGAACCAUCUUCCUCGCUAAAACCACCUCCAGUUUCUUCACCCGAUAUGGAGCGAAACGAUAAAUAUCAGAUCCUCAAGCAAAAACUACAAUACCGACGUAAAAAGGCGGAAAUGCAUUCGUUAUGGUGUGACUGUCUUUAUAGGUUAUCUCUGGCGAAUCACUAUAAGGACGAUGUUUUUUGGCUGCCACACAACAUGGACUUUCGGGGGCGAGUUUACCCGGUGCCACCUCAUCUCAAUCAUUUGGGGUCCGAUUUAGCUCGUUCUAUGUUAGUUUUCGCUGAACCAAGGCCUUUGGGAAAGCAUGGGCUCGACUGGCUUAAAAUUCAUUUGAUUAACUUAACUGGAUUGAAAAAGAGAGAUUCCAUUCAAGAUAGGUUGGAGUAUGCUAAUGAUAUGAUGGGUUUGAUACUAGAUUCAGCCGAUAAGCCUUUGACUGGGCAGAAAUGGUGGACGGAAUCCGACGAGCCCUGGCAAACUUUGGCUUGUUGUAUCGAAAUUGCCGACGUAGUACGGUCUGGAAUGAAUUCCGCUGAUUAUUUGUCGCAUUUUCCGGUUCACCAGGAUGGUAGCUGUAACGGUCUCCAACACUAUGCCGCCUUAGGCAGAGACCAAGCGGGAGCGUUUAGCGUCAACCUGACCGCCUCGGAGACCCCCCAAGACGUUUAUAGUGCUGUGGUCGCCCUCGUCGAAGAACGGCGAGCGCGUGACGAAGAAAACGGAGUUGAGAUCGCCAAACUUUUAAAGGGCUUUAUCAAAAGAAAAGUGAUCAAACAGACCAUCAUGACGACCGUUUAUGGGGUAACGAAGUUCGGUGCUAAACUGCAAAUUGCCAAACAACUGAAGGAUAUCGAGGGUUUUCCUAAGGAUGCUGUUUGGGCAGCCUCACCUUAUCUUACAGAAUGCACCUUUGAUUCUUUACAAACGAUGUUUACGUCAACGAAAGAAAUCCAAGACUGGUUCACGCAGUGUGCCCGAAUGAUAUCGGGCCCCGGGGGCUCGUUGGUCGAAUGGGUUACCCCCUUGGGCCUACCGGUGGUGCAGCCUUACAUUAAAUACAAGAAAACCAGUAUGCCUCAUGGCUACGAGUCAUUUGCUCUGGACCAGUUUGAAAAACCAAACCUGAUCAAACAGAAAAACGCCUUUCCGCCCAACUUCAUCCACUCCUUAGACUCCAGCCAUAUGAUGUUGACGUCCCUUCAUUGCGAGCGAGCUGGAAUCACUUUUGUCUCAGUACACGACUGCUAUUGGACACACCCUUCUACAAUUCAAAUAAUGAACAAGAUCUGUAGGGAGCAGUUUGUGGCACUUCAUUCCCAACCUAUUUUAGAAGAUUUGUCCGUGUUCUUAUUCGACCGUUACUCUUACGACUUAAGGUAUGUUCAUUGUGCGAAUUUAUUCGCAAAUUUUAAUUUUACGUUUAAUUUUAGGGAUCUUCACGAUGACAUGUCCGUGGCGGGCCUCAACAAGAAAAAACUAAACCAAGUAUUGCGGCAGUUGCCGAAAACCGGAGAUUUCGAUAUUAAAAAUGUCUUGAAUUCCGUUUACUUCUUUAGUUAAUAUUUUAGGUUUAAAUAAAUUUUUCAUAUUGUUU